AUGUCAUCAAUUUCCAUCGAACUUCCACAAGUCCACAACAAUCAGAAAUCACAAUGCUGCCCAACGAACGAGUUCAUCACGGGCUGUUGGCACGUCACCCACUCCAGCCUACCCCUGUGGAAAGGCAAACGCAACGUCAACAUCACCUACAAGCUUCUUCCCAUCGAAUCAGGAGUCCAAAAGAUCGACGAUCUAGUUCAAUACCAAGCCAUCAACUCUGAAAAGAUCAAAUCUGUUCAUGGAAUCGAUACCCCAACACCAGAUAGUCCUGGGGCAUGGGAUUGGCGCGGAAAAGGCUGGUUGGUCAUCGCUAGCUCACAUUGGGAAUGUUUGGGCUUUGGAGAGCUCGAUGAUGGCAACCAGUGGGUUGUGACUUAUUUUGCGAAGACGCUCUUCACGCCUGCUGGUGUUGAUGUUUACUCACGUAAUAAGGAGGGGCUUCCCGCGGAUCUUGUUGAGGGGAUUCUAGGGGCUCUCAGGGGCUUGGGGGUGAAGGAGAUUACUGAUCUCGCUGAUUCGAUGUUUGAGAUUCCGCAGAAUUGA